AUGAUGGAGAGCAAUUCCACUGCUGGGGCCGUUCUCCCCUCGCAGCAGUUCAGCGUUGCUGACCUUGUUGUGGUAGUGGCUUAUUUUUCCUUAAAUGUUGGUGUGGGAAUAUGGUCUUCCUGCAGGGUGAACAGGAACACGGUCAGUGGCUAUUUCCUUGCUGGCAGAGACAUGGCCUGGUGGCCAAUCGGUGCCUCCCUCUUUGCCAGCAGCGAGGGCUCCGGGCUCUUCAUCGGCCUGGCCGGGAGCGGCGCCGCCGGGGGAAUCGCUGUCGCCGGCUUCGAGUGGAAUGCGACUUAUGCUCUUCUGGCACUCGCCUGGGUGUUCGUGCCAGUUUACAUCUCAUCUGGGCAGAUUGUCACAGUGCCCGAGUAUCUCCAGCGGAGGUUUGGAGGGGAGAGGAUCAGGAUGUACCUUUCCAGCCUGUCACUCCUGCUCUCCAUCUUCAUCAAAAUCUCAACAGACCUGUAUUCGGGGGCCCUCUUCGUGCAAGUCUGCCUGGGCUGGGACCUCUACCUCUCCACUGUGCUCAUGCUGGUGGUCACUGGGCUCUACACCAUCGCAGGGGGGCUGGCGGCCGUCAUCUACACCGACGCGCUGCAGACGCUCAUCAUGGUCCUGGGGGCUGUUGUGCUGGCAGUGAGAGCUUUUAAUGAGAUCGGAGGUUACCCCAACCUGGAAGAGGCCUAUGGAAAAGCGGUGCCGUCCAAGAUCGUUCCCAACACUACCUGCCACCUGCCCAGAGCGGAUGCCAUGCACCUCUUCCGAGACCCGGUCUCCGGAGACCUGCCCUGGACCGGGAUGACUUUUGGGCUGUCCAUCAUGGCCACGUGGUACUGGUGCACCGACCAGGUCAUCGUCCAGCGCUCGCUCUCUGCGAAGAGCCUCAGUCACGCCAAGGCCGGCUCCAUCCUGGCCAGCUACCUGAAGAUGCUGCCCCUGUUUGUCAUCAUCAUGCCAGGGAUGAUCAGCAGGGUCCUGUACCCAGAUUCCGUGGCCUGUGUGGACCCCGAGGAGUGCACCCGUGUCUGCGGGGCCGCCGUGGGCUGUUCCAACAUCGCCUACCCCAAGCUGGUGGUGGAGCUGAUGCCCAGCGGGCUGCGGGGUCUGAUGAUCGCGGUGAUGAUGGCAGCACUCAUGUCAUCCCUGACCUCCAUAUUCAACAGCAGCAGCACCCUCUUCACCAUGGACAUCUGGAGGAAGCUGCGGCCGGGGGCCGGUGACCGGGAGCUGCUCCUCGUGGGCAGGGUGGUCACAGUGGUGCUGGUGGCCCUCAGCGUGGUCUGGAUCCCCAUCCUGCAGAGCUCCAGUGGUGGCCAGCUCUACGUCUACAUCCAGGCUGUCACCAGCUACCUGGCUCCUCCCGUCACUGCUGUCUUUGUCCUGGCUGUCUUCUGGCCCCGAGCUAACGAGCAGGGAGCUUUCUGGGGCCUAAUGGCAGGGCUGGUGCUGGGACUGGCCAGGCUGGGGCUGGAGCUGGCACACCCCACACCCCGCUGUGGGGUCCCCGACCAGCGGCCCUGGCUGCUCACUGACAUCCACUACCUGCACUUUGCUGUGCUCCUGGCCACUGCCACAGCUGCUGUCGUGGUGGGGGGCAGCCUGCUGACCCCCCCACCACCCCCAGCCCAGCUGAAGGAUCUCACCUGGUGGACCCUCUCAAGGGAGCCCCCCCAGCCCCCUGUGUGUGGCACAUCCCAGGGACCCCCCGAUGGUGAGUGUGUCCUUGGGGGUGUCUGGCAGGGGAGGCACAGCAGAUGGCACAGAUAUCUCCUGCCAGGAGGUGGCUGGUCACCAGGGCUGUCUGUCCCCCACACUCACUGUAUUUCUGUACCAGGUUCCUGCUCAUCCAACCCAGACAUCCAGCAGCCAUCCAAGGCCGUGGGACCCCCAGCUGUGGCCCUCAAGGACACCACAGAACCUCCAUUCUGGGCCCGUGUCUGUGGCAUCAAUGCUGUUGUCCUGAUGUGUGUCAAUAUUUUCUGUUAUGCCUAUUUUGCCUAG